CGUAACAAAAAAGACCAGCCACCCUCAUUAUCUCAAAAAACACUCAUUUCACUGUCGCAGAGAAAGAAAAACAAAUUGAAAACAAGAAAAACAAUGUUUGGGCGUGCCAGAUCGGGUCUUCCUCUUGCUAAUCGGAUCCUAAGAUCCGAUUCUCUGUCUGCUCCCGGAUCCUCCGUUCAACGCUCCGUCGCUGCUUUCACAUCUGAGUCUUCGAAGAAUUAUGCUACUGCAUCAGGACAGAAGGAGGUGAAAGUUAAGGUGCCAAUUGCUUUGUAUGGAGGAUCUGGCAACUAUGCCUCUGCUUUAUACAUUGCAGCCAAAAAAGCUAGUGCAUUGGACAAGGUUGAGACAGAAAUUCUGGACAUUGUGGCUGCUACAAAGAAAAGUCCCAUGUUUUCCCAAUUUACAAAGGACUUGUCAGUGCCUUCUGAUACGAGAGUCAAGGCCCUUAAUGAAAUUUGUGGCCAAGCUAAAUUUUCUGAUGUUACAAAGAACUUCUUAGUUGUGUUGGCUGGGAAUGGAAGGUUGAGGUAUAUAGAUAGCAUUGCAAAGAGAUUUACCGAGUUGACCAUGGCUGAUAGAGGAGAAGUGAAAGCUGUAGUCACAACUGUGAUUCCACUACCUCCAGAUGAAGAGAAACAACUGAAGGAAACACUACAGGAAAUAAUUGGACAAGGGAAGACGGUCAAGGUUGAACAAAAGAUUGAUGCCAGUAUUCUUGGUGGCCUUGUGGUAGAGUUUAGCCAGAAAGUGUUCGACAUGUCCAUUAGGACUCGGGCGAAGCAGAUGGAGAGGUUCCUGCGCGAGCCUAUAAAUGUCGGUACACUUUAAAAGGGCUUUGCCUCAUCUGAGAUACAUGUCGUCCUCUAGAAAUUAAAGGAAUUUUAAAUUUCUGGCUUGGUUUUUUCUCGGUUGUACGUCGGCCUUUCUUUUAUGAUGCGAAUGCAUCUCUUUGCAAUAAAAAUUGUUCAGAGCAACCAUUGGUAGACCUAAGCUUUCUGUUUUUGAGUUCUUAGUUCUACCAUAAUACAUGGAGGUCAUAAUUUGUUCAAAUUUGACUUUACCCUGCACAGUAAUAGAAUUCAUGUGCCGUUUUGCCAA